AUGGCAACAUCAGGGGACGAGUUGUUUUCCACCUCUUGGACACUCCAUCGCUUGUCCCCUCUAUAUCAUGGAAAGGAGUGUGAAACACUUCUAGAUAAUCCACAGGGAUUGGAAUUAUACGCAACGCGUUUGCGCGACCUCCUUCGGGGUGAUGUGCUUCGUGGCGUGCAGGUUGGCUUUGAAGGCCUGGGUGCUGUGGACGACGCGAUCUCAAAAGCAGGGCAUUUGAAAUCGUGCAGAUGGGAUGUGCUUCCGACUUGGAGCCAUUGGAAUGAAGAGGAGUCUCUGCUGGAAGAUCCCGACCACGCAACAUUUGUCAUAUCUCCAGAAGUCUCAGCGGGAAUUCUGGUUACCCUUGAAUAUGAAAAUAUCACCUAUAAAGCAGCAAUGACGUCAGGUCCAGAUGGCUACCAUGAUACACAGAAAAAUGUAACCUUUCUUCCUUUGCUUCUGACCCGUCUUCCAAACUCUCUGCGUCAAACUUUUAUUUCUUUCUUGUCAACCAGUUUCGACACACGCUGUACAGUUCUUCGGUUGACGUCUAGUUUUCUAUGCGCGACAUUUGAAAACUAUCUCUCGAUUUUGAAUCGAUCUGUGAAUGGACAGACAUCAGUUUCUUCACGGGGUCUUGUCGAGAAAUUAAUCAAAGAGACACAACUUACGCUAUCCUUCCCUACGCCAAUAUCUCCCUCGUUGAGAAGUUUAGAUGUACUUAUACCACGCGAGUCUCUCAGCGCCUUUCUCUCUCGCGGUAUAGAAUUACAUGCAAACGAGAAAAGAAAUCUGGCAAAUCAAGCACGAAACCGUGGCAAGAAGCGAUCACACCCGGACACUACCCCAUCUGCCGCUGAAGAUAAUGGCCCUUCAGCUCCGUUUUUAGCAGCCUUGGCUGUCUAUUUCGAUGCCAAUCUCGCCAUGAAAUUAGAUAUCAGCGACUUUGGCAAGGAGCCUACUAAUACACAAAAGAGACAGAUUAGACUGAGCAAAGUAUCUUGCGGAGCUUUUGUACUUGGUAGUGAAGGGAGGGUGAAACUAAUUGCCAACCCCGGGCGGGUGAUCCCUUUUGAUGAUGCGGAUGUUACUGAGGAGAAUGACGAUCCUGAUGGCCGGGAAGCCCGAUUGGUUUGGAGAGCAAAUGAGAUGUUACUACGAACGUUAGUUGCAAGGGCAGUUGGCGGACAAACACAGAGGCCAAAUGGCAAUUUGAUAUCACGGGAAGACAAUUGA